AUGUAUCAUCACAGUCUUCGUCAAGAUGUUUUUAUAAAGGACGAGUACCAUUAUUUAAACGUUCCUAAAGUUGGAACAUUCACAGUGUAUGACAGCCUUGACUGCACCUUUGAAUGCCUCGGCAAUCCUUCCUGUUUGUCCUUCAACCUGGCAGCUUACAAAGGAGCAGAUGGAAAGUUGCGGUGUGAGUUGUUAUCCUCAGAAAAGUACAGCAAUCCUGAGGAAUAUAAAAGGAACGAGAGUUUUCAUCACUUUUCCAUCAAGGUGGGGUAAAAUCUUUGCAUAGAGUUUAUUAAAGUAAGAUAUUUUUUGAUAUCACAGUCUAUGCGACUUUUAAUAACCUGUCACGAACACUAAUCGACGUAAAAGUGACUACUGCACGAUAACAAGUCGGGGGUAUUCAGUCGAAUGUCACUUUCCCUUUUUUUUUCUUACUUCUGCCAUCAACACUUUUACGCAAAACGAAAUUACCUUAAUUAUAUUGCAUUUGACAUCAACCUUUUUUUAACUUAUUUCAGACUCCAUGUAUGUCAUCACCUUGUCAGAACGGAGGCACCUGUGUAGCGAACUAUAAGUAUCACUCGUUCGACUGCCGUUGCAAAGAAGGGUUCUAUGGAGAAUUUUGCGAAGAAGGUAAUUGAUAUUCAGACCGGGGCCCCCGUUCAAGUUAGGACAACCAAACUUAGCGGCUUUACCUAAAAUUUAUCUUGGAAAAUUUUAAAGACGUUGUGACGUGUACGUCAACAUUGAUGUUACCAUGGCAACCGAGUUUUGACAGGCAUGGUUUUCAGAAUUUGCUUUUUCUCUAAACAAAAUAGGUUUAAAUUCAUUUCUUUUUUAACUGAUUGAUUUAUUACGUUAUCUACUUUUUUUUUACAGUUGCCAAUUCCUCAUGCCAAGAUGUUUAUAAUCAGCUCACAGAAAAGUGAGUAAACCUAUGCAUAGUAAUUUAAUUGAUGAGGAUAGAUCACUUAAAGUCCGGGGGAUCAUUCGGAGUGCGUCAGUACUGUGUUUGUAAGCCAAAAAUCAGCCGUCAGGCCUCAAAAACGGAAUACAAUUGUGUUGCAGGGAAAGUCGAUAUCAUUUAAUUAAUUGUACAUGUUAGAAUUCGUAUCGUGGCUGAUGGAUUCUAUUUCAGCCUUUGUUCUCCACUCUGGAAACUUAGGGUUAUUAGAGACCUAAACUUGUAAAAACUGUUGAAUUUUUAAAACAAAUGAUUGGUACUGUUAAGAUAAUAAAAACCAUAAUCUGUGAACACCACCAUCCUGCAAUGAAGGCCCUCCAGCAAAAAACGUUGUUGAUGACAUGCGGUUGAACCCCGCCGUUUCGUUUAAUACGAACACCCGUAUAAAACGAAUGGUUCGUUUGUACCGACAAAAGUUCAGAUAUUCCAGUGCUCAUAAGUAAACCUGGUUAAUAUGGAAAACAAACACUUUUCUUGUGUCCCGAGUCCCAAACUGUCAUAUAAUAAUUAUCGUAAACUCCCCCGGAAGGUCCUCAAUUAAGUUUUAUAGGGCAAGCUUAGCCCUGGGUCUAACUCCUUACGUUUUAUGCCCAUUAUUUUUGCAGAAAAGGUACUCCUUUCGUAUACCAUUCCAUUCGUCUCUAAUGGUUAAAGGUUCGAGUGGCUUGUUGCAGGCACUUUAUCCCCAGGGGGUACUCAACAAAUUUUUACGGUGAUAAUCCCUGCCCCGAGGUCCACGUCCUUACCUUUUCACAUACCUUUUGGCGGUUGAGGGGUGGAUAAUCCAGGCACUUUAUCCCCAGGGGGUACUCAACAAAUUUUUACGGUGAUAAUCCCUGCCCCGAGGUCCACGUCCUUACCUUUUCACAUACCUUUUGGCGGUUGAGGGGUGGAGUGGCUUGUUACAAGCACUUUAUCCCCAGGGGGUACUCAACAAAUUUUUACGGUGAUAAUCCCUGCCCCAUGGUCCACGUCCUUACCUUUUCACAUACCUUUUGGCGGUUGAGGGGUGGAGUGGCUUGUUACAAGCACUUUAUCCCCAGGGGGUACUCAACAAAUUUUUACGGUGAUAAUCCCUGCCCCAUGGUCCACGUCCUUACCUUUUCACAUACCUUUUGGCGGUUGAGGGGUGGAGUGGCUUGUUACAAGCAUUUUAAAAUGAGCUCAGAUCAUACAAGGGCCAAUAUGAAGAAAGACUGCCUUAUCAAAAUCAAACUUACACACUAUUUUAAUUGCUGUUUCUUUUUUUUUAGUAACAAAAUCGUAUUAACCCACAGAAAUCUGUAAUUAUUUGAAAAAGAUUCAUUGUAUGCAAUUAGUGCGUGGUUGUGACAAGGAAAUAGACCGUGACAGCUAUAGGUAGCCAUUGGUCACCAGUGUCCAUAAAGCGGGGUUGACGAGAUAAGAUUUUAAGACUUGGGAACACAGAAAAGUGUCCGUUCUCCGUCUUAACCGUUGUCCUUAUUAAACGGGUUGGAGAAAGUACGUGAGCUUCAAUAAUUAAAACAUGCAAAACUGACUACUGAGUAUCUGUGUAACAUGUUCUGAGUAGUUGUCAAGAAAAACCAAUCCAAGUCUUACAUGUAGCUCGCGGGUAAAACAGGGGUCCUUUGACGUCAGAUGGGAAAAACAUCAUGCGCACCAUUUUCGCGGUUUUUCGGUCGCCCCUUUCCCCUUCCUUCUGAACGUCUGUUACGCUGUUUAGCCAUCUUCGAUGUCCGAAUUUAAUUCCUACAGAACACUUUAUUAAAAUACACUUUAUUAAAGUUAGUUGAAGAGCAGAACAACUUGGUAUCAUAAAGCAAAAAUAAAUAUCAACCUGUGCUGGAGGUGAAAUUAUAUCAGUCCAAAGUACAUUAAUCGUGUAGUAACUCCCAGUAACAUGAUGGGAACCUGAGAAAUUUAGAUUUAACUGAGACUGUACUGAAUUCGAUUGAUUCAUUUAUUUUUGUAAAAAAAAGCGAACCUUUUUUUUCUCAACCAGUUAAGGUACAUUCCAUUUUUCUCUCUCCGACAGUUGGGAGCUGGAAAAAUUAAAAUGAGAUUUCAUUUUGUACAGGUUGAACGUGACUCAGUAUUGGUCACUCUCAUCCUUGACUCCAAACUAGUUUCAGUUCUCUGUCACUUUGGAAAUUUUGGAUGCGGAGAUGGAGGAUGGACACCGGUCAUGAAGAUGGACGGCAACAAGGUAAGACAUUUGUGUACGUUUUCCCUUAGUUUGGCGACAGGAGUGGAAAAAAAAGUGUUAUUAAUAAUUAAAUACAGGUUUGCCUCUGUCAGGGGUAAUUUUCAACUAUCCUUAGGCUAGCCUGCGAAUACAGCCGUUUCUCCUUGCUCCUCGUCGCUAGGGACGUUCCGCCAGGAGGAACGUCUGCACCUCAGCGACAGAAAUUCCAUACUAAUGACGUGAAAUUGCAAAAUUUUCUGGGGGAGCAUAACCCCAGCCUCCAAGAUUAAGGCGCCUUCGGCGCUCUAACUUUUCUUCUCGUUGGUACAUGCUAAGUCCCUGGAUCUGAAAGAUUUAAGUAUUAAGAACAUCUUUAAGCUGCUGGAAUAUCUCGGUCAGUAGCAGAGGUCACCUGCCCUUUCUGUUAGACGAUGUGAAGCUUUUCAUCAAAACACGGAAGCCUGGUCUCUGUACUUGCAGAUACGCGAGAGUUAAAGAUAAUUAUAUUCAAUACGGCAUUUUUCAAUCGCAUCAAUCACCAACUAAUGAUUACGGAGUAUGUUUACUUUUUAUUCUAUCGGUGAAAAUUAACGCCAUUUCGCCUGCUGUGGCUAAUUUCACUAGUUUUAUAAAACUGGAGAAACAAGGACGUUGUAGAUAUUCUUUUCAUUGUAAUUGAUCUUCCAUUGCAAUUUCUUCUCCGGGAAGGGUGUAGUCUUUAGAAGAAAAAAGAAACCGUUGAACUUUUCUUUUUAAAGGACGUUUUUUUCUAUUUCUUCCUACUUUCUACCACAGCAAACUUUUCACUACAACUCCACUCUCUGGAGCAACAAAGAAACCUUCAACCUUGACGGAGGGAAGACUGGGUUUGACGCACAGGAGACCAAACUUCCCUCUUACUGGAACACAUCCUUCUCCAAGAUCUGCCUUGGUAUGAAGAUCGGCCAGCAGAUCAAGUUUAUUGUUAUCAACAAGCAGGCGAACUCCUAGUACUCUCUGAUCGCUGAUGGAAAGUACCGCAACACCUCACUGGGUCUUGACACGUGGAAGUCACUGAUUGGUUCUGAGGCCUCCUUGCAGCUCAACUGUAACAAGGAAGCAUUUAAUGCUGUUAGUAAACGAUCUGGUUAUUCCAAAGCCAGGAUCGGUAUCCUUGGUGACAACUACUUCGAUUGCAGAAGCUGUGACUCUAGAAUUGGGUUUGGUACUGGAGGAUAUCAUGAUAAUAACAACACAUGCGGAAACGAGGCUAGUGUGUUGGGGCCAGAUAAUGGCGAGAAGCAUAUCAAGGCAAUGGGAUAUAUUUUGGUACAGUAAAAAGAACCUGAUCUUCGGAGCUAAUUUUCUUUUGGCGCCAAACGAAAGUGCAGCUUGACGAAACUCUUCUUCUCUCUUCGUACGCCUAGAUUGAAUUAAAGUUAACCAUUAUACAUAAGAAGUAAAAGACACACUGAGAAACUAAGAUUAAAAGUUAUUAGCCACUGCCAGUCUCGCUAUUGCUCUACCCGCUAACAAAACUGUCUUGUUUUGAAAUUGGAGGUGAGGUUUCAGUUUUUACUUGUUUUCUUUUUCAUUAUUGUUGUUUUACUUACAUCAGCAUUUAAGAGGACGAAGUUGGUGACGCGAGUAUUAGCUUUCCUCCGUGGUCUGUUUGUCAAGCUCUUUUAAAUGAGCGUCCUUGGAGAGCUUACAAAAUCCAAAGUAAUAAUUAUAAUAAAAAAAUAAAAUAAAGAACGUCCUGUACUGGUAUUUAGAAACGCGGGUCAGUGUUAACGUGUAAAUAUCAGGUCGAGCCUAUCACAGGCGUCUGUAGAAAUAUAAUUGCAGGGGACUGAAAUGGACGCAUUGGCAUAAAUUAGUCUCUAACUGGGUUGGAAAAGUUUUUAGACGGGGAUUAUCUUUCUUAAAUUGUGAUCCAGAGGGGAUGCCGGGUGAGGCAAAAAUUGGCCGGGACUCUUUGCGGUUGCAAACGGUUGCUGCCCGCAGACAAUCUUUGAAGACCGAUGUUUGAUGUGUAAAGGCCGAUACACACGAGGGAUUUUGCUCCCGGAGCAUGCUCCAGGGGAGCCGAAUUGCUGGGGAGGGGCAAUUGCUGUUUUUGGUAAAUUCUGAAGAUGACUCUGAAGAUGACUUCCACACAAGUUGUCGAAACGUCAGUCAUUGUCAACAACGGGACUACGAUCACCCGGCGGACAAUCAUGCUCAAAUGACUCUUGGGUUCAAACUGAGGCUUGAUUGUCAGUCGCUGUUCGGGAAACGAGCCCGAGGUCCUCCACUGGAGGCAUAAUUAAAACUGUAGCUUUAUUUGGUCUUCAUUAUUUUCCGGGAUUCUCCUUUUUAAUGUUUUCCUGUCAGUAAUAAUGUCUCAAAAAAUAUAAAUAUAAUGGUUAAGUUAAAGCAUUAUGUCUCAAAAAGCCGCUCUUAUCAGUUCAGUAUUACAGUAAAAACCCGCAUAUAAGAACCUGUUGAUUUAAGAACCUAAAGGCGGAAAUUUGGCAUUCAAAUAGUCAAAAAUACAAGACCCUGUCCAGCCUGGCAAUUAAAGAAACUGUUGGUUCUUAUACAAAAAAUCACUGGGGCUCCAAUUUUGAUGGUCAAAGAAUUCUGGAUUUUAAUAGUGGGAAACUUCUGACAAACAGUUAUUGUGUACAAUUAUGUUUUCCUUGACUAUGUAAAUUUAUUUAGAUUUUCACGAGAAAGACGUUUUCCGUAAAGCUACGGUGCAAUAUAGACUAUUUAAAAUCUAAAAUAUCUAUACAUUUCUGCCAAUGGUUAAACUACGACAACCUCUGCAAAAUAAAAAUAUCUAUUAAAAGCCUUAUCACCUGAAUUGUGAAAAACUACCCAAAAAUAUAAGAACCUGUUCAGCCUGGCCUCGAAAAUUCUAAGUUCUUAUAUGCGGGUUUUCACUGUAUUCUCUUAUAUAUCAUUACCUUACUUAUGCUUGUACACUAUGGGGAAGUAAUUAUUAAUGCUCCACUGUCUCAAAUCGUAAAAUUACAAAACGAAACUAAAUUACGAAAUUACAAAACGGUAUCCCUAAGCCUUUUGAAAUUUCUUGAUAUUGUAAAGCUGAAGACAUUGUAUGCUUUUUUAUAAUUAUUUCCACCAUGAAAAGUUUCCUAAUAUACCUGUUUCACUAGUAUCUGAGCUACAUAAUUACAAUACCUGAAGUACAUCACCUAAUCAAAUAGUCAUACCCCCAUUUCGAACUAAUCUCAGGAGAUUCUGCCCCAGCGUUAUUGGAAGAUUCUUUUGAAAUAGCAUUCCGCAAUUAAUCAGAGACAAACCAUCUAAAAAGGUUUUUAGAAAAGCAGUUUUAGCUGUUACCUUGCUCAAUAUUAAUGAAACAUCAUAUCUUUAACAAUUUACUGAGCUAUUUUAUAAUUUUUCCUUUACUUUGUUAUUAAAAACUACAAGGUUUUUGUUGUACGUAACUUUAAGAGGCGAAAUAUAAGUUCCUCUGGACGUGCCCCUCUCCUCUAAUUCCUAUCUGCAAUGUGAUUUAAUUUAAGUGCUGUAAUUUUGUAUUGUGCGCUUUCUUUGUUUGUAAAUUUUAUUUGUUACUUACUUUUUCACCUUACAUGUAUAUCUAAUUCUGUAUUAUCAUUUGCUAAGGUUUGCAGAAACAAAUAAAAUGAAAUGAAAAAAUGAAAUAUAAUGACAGAGUAACUGAGGAAGCUUUUACACCUGGUUAAUUUUGUCUAAUUAUCUUCCCCCGCUACUCAGUAAAAGUGUCUCCCUUAUUCAACCAUGCAUUUUUAUCCUUGGCACAGCAACCUUGUGACACAGCAAGCGGAAUUUCUCACUGCCUUGUAUUCUGUGUACUAUGUAGUACUGCAAACAAACCUUAAGGCAAGCAGGUGGAUGAUUCCAAAAGGGCGCUAACGUCUGGGUGAACAAAACUUAACAUUUUAAGACUGAGAAAAGCAUUUCCCAAAUUUGAUUCACAAAAUAUCUUCUUUGGUGAUAAAUUUCUGGAGCGAUUACUUGGGAAGGAGGCGGUUGUGAUUCAGGUUUCCAUCCUCCUAUUUCUCCGCCACCUAGAAUGGAUGAAUGGUCUUUUUUUUUUUUUUUUUAAUUCUUCUGUUGCACUAUUUUUUCAUUCAAGUUCGCUAAAUCUAAGAUGUUUUCACGCACGAAGAUUAUCAUUAUCUACAUUAGGGUGGAUUCAUUUGCAACAUACGCGUAUAGCUGUCGCAUUUGUCCACUGGGGUUUUUCCAGACGAUACCAUUCAAUCAAAAUCAAAAAUCAAUAACAUCAAUAAUAGUCAAUAAAAAUCAAUUGCAAUCAAUUGAUUGAUAUUGAAAAUCAAUAAAAAUCAAAGCCGCAGUCUUCAGUGAUUUUCGAUUUUCAUUGAUUUUCAUUGAAAACUAAAAUGUGCUUUCUUCUUGUUUUAAACACAUCACAUGGCUUAGAAAAUAAACCCAAUUAAGGUUUAAUCACUCAUGUCUGAUCUACGAUAAAUUAAGAAAUUAAAAAAGUACAACAGAAACAACAGUUCAAACAACAAUUUAUUACCUUCCUGUAUUGAUAACAGGCCGAAAUGAAAUGUACUUUAAAUAGAUGCAUGUGUUGCGCUCCUUAAUGUAUAACUGAGCAUGAUGUUAUUCAAUGGUCUUCGAGUCUGCCUUUAAUUUUGUCGAAAUUUUCUUAGCUGAAUAUAUCAGAAAAAUCUUUUAAAAAGUCACCCUAAAGUGGGCUGACAAGCUCCGCUUGGAGAUGGCCAAGCUGGCCUUUUUCACUAAAAACUUUGACUGCGUUACCGUGUUCUCAACUCUUCUUGGAAACGGAAAACAUUUCCCCUUCCUUUGCUUUGAAAGGACAGUGGUGAUACCCCUUGAAAGACACAGCAGCAUUGUUGUGUUUGCGACCACGUUUAAGCAAAUGCCUAACCGGGUCUUUACUGUUGCACAGCAAAUAUUGAUUAUCAAUAGCAAUCAAUGAAAAUCAAUAACUAUAUAGACACAUCGGUGAGUGAUUAUAGAUCUUUCUUGAUUGGCUAAUCCAAUCAAUAUUAAUCAAAGAUUUUACAGACUUUUAUCGAUAAUAUUGAUUGAAAUCAAUGAUUGAUUUUCAUUGAUUGUUAUCGCCUGGGGUUUUAGGUUGAAAAACAAUUAAAAACUCCAGUGGGCAAAUGCGACAGCUAUACGCGUAUGUUGCAAAUGAAUCCACGCUAAAUGUUUCUAAACUUGAAACAUUCAAUGUCUACCACAACCUUACCUGCAAUCUUAAAUGCUUGAGAAAUCCUUUACGCUUGCUUAUUAAUCUGCUAGGUGCAGGAUAGGUGGCUGUAUUUGCAGGUGACAUCAACAACAAUCAUUACUAGUUCAUCCUGAGUCAUUUGAACUCAUAUUGUGCACGUAGCCGUCAGUAGUAAUAAACCAUCUGAGGUCUAAACAGUUACGAUAAACCUUUUCCUCUAGCUUUGUUGAAGGCACAAAUAUAAUAACAAUUGACCAAAUGUAAUAAUGCACUCAAAUGUAAUACAAAUGGACCACAAAUGUACUAAAACCGGCCAAUGCUAUCCAAACCGUAUAUACUCGAGAGAACGCCGCCCUCAAUAUAAGCCAGCGCCAUCCGAGGUCCAAACAGUUGCGACAAACGUUUUCCUGUAGGUUUCCCUUCCCGAUAACUUUACGGGCCCGAGAUCAAAUAUUCAGCUCAAAAUCUAAUGAACAAAAGCGCGGUUCGCAGCUAAGAAAGCAAUACGUUUUGUUUUGUUUACUGAUAGUUUUAUCAUAUUAUCUGCAAAACUAUUGAAACCUCGAUCUUCAAUAUAAGACACUUAGGCAAAGACGUUUUUGAGCGACGCACGUCAACCGGAAGUAAGGCCUUUUCCCUUUCGAUAUGCCUUGACGCUAACAAAUUUAUAUUGCUAAGUUCCUUUUUAGUCUUAUAACGACGAUUUUCUCAAGAAUGUGGGAAAAGCCACUGCCAAAGAAUGCAAAAGUAGCCUUCCGGUUGACUAGCGUCGCUCAAAAACGUCUUUGCUUAAGGUGACUCGACCCAGUUUUUUUGGGGGGGUACCAUCCUACUUUGAAGCUCUCUGGUAUCCCCACCUUUAGAGAUACUCCCGUCACGAGUUGGUUUAAUUAUUGGCUUGCAUUAAACCUAUGAAAAAAUGAUAUUUUUUUAAUAGUAAGUAGAUUUAAUGUGUAGCACUUCUUGAUUUUUUUGCAAAGGCACAAGAAGCACGACAAUUGAUUAAAAAUUGUGAGUUAAACCUCUAUGUAUCACGCGAUGGCCUGUCUCACUGUACCAAAAUUAUUAUAUCUCGGUGAGCAUUCGGAAGUCAGCCAAGCGUGGUCAUUGCACGCGUGCUGAACAAGAAUGCUGUAUAAUGACAGACUAGAAACAAUAGACAACUCCCACAGCACAAACUCAGCCAGAACGCUAAAAAUCUUCAGUGUUUACUCAAGUUUGGGCUUAUAGAAGAUAAUGUCACAGUUUUUUAAUGACCAUGAAAUUCAGAGUCCGGGUAGUUAGUUAAUCAAUUGUGGCCCUGAAAAAAUUUGAAGGAAAAAAAACUACGAAUUUUUAAGAAAAUGCUUUUUUCGUGAGAAGGACUCUUAAACGCUGACAAACGUCAACAAAUAGCGCAAACUAUAAUUUCUAUAUGUUUGCUUUGCUCGAAAUCGCGCGCAUUUACAAGGCCCUAAAGCGUUUUGAUGACUUGCAAGGACCCAUCUGUUAUAAGGAUGCCCAAAAUAAAGAGGUGAGUCUCAUAGUUUAUAAGAUAUAAUCCGUGUAAAGUUUGCUUACCAUUUUCGCAUAAAUUAUGACCUAAAUUUGGAAACCGCUGAAUUUCUCGAAUUGGGUCUUUGCGAUUUUGGUGAAACUCUGUUCAGCGCAAGGCACUAAUGCGCACUAUGUGUAGCAGAGAGAUUUUCACGAAAAAAUGCCGGUAACAGCAGAUUUUCGACUCAGACCUCAAAGGGGCGUGGCAUUAUAACCACGUGACAUUUACUCCGAUCGCCAAAAAUUUUAUGUUAUAUUGUAGAUUGAUCUAUAUGUUAUCCAUUCUAUGUGUUAGACUUACGAUACAAGUAAAGGUGGGGACACCAGAGAGCUUCAAAGUAGGAUGGUACCCCCCCAAAAAAACUGGGUCGAGUCACCUUAAGCUCCUGAACAACAACAAAAGCCUGGCCCCAUGGAUAACGUCUAACCCCAUGGGGGUGGGGGUGCUCAACAAAAUUUUACCUGACGGGGAGGCUUUGCCUUAAGGUCCAACCCCUUACUUUAUUAAAUACCGUGAUGUCACGGCGUAACUGACAGAUGACCAAUAACAUCGCGACAUAAUUGACCAAUCAGAUCAAUAACCAGAGCAUAAUACCAUCAACCGACGUGCUACUACUCACUUUGACUCUGAAGAUGACUACCGCACAGGUUGUCGAAACGUCAGUCACUGUCAACAACAACUGUCCUAUUCAGGACUACGUUCACCCGGACGAUCAAACUCAACCUUUUGAAAUUAACAGUUAUAUUUACGUGUCAUAAUUCCGAGGUAUUUGUAUGUAAUUAUUUGUAAGGUUUCAUAUACUUACACCGUUUUACAGGUAGCCAUAAUGAGACUACACCUGAAGGCGGAUCAUGAGAUUAUCUCUAAGUUUAAAAAGAUCUCUCUUUAUAGAUAAUCCACCCAGCACAGCAAAGGUUGGCCACACCACCGGGGUAUAAUUUCCCUACUCUUUUGGAAGAGCGGUGUGGGUUCUUUUGCGUCCCACAAGAACCAGAUAAGUGAAGGUGCUGUGAGACGGGAACUACGGUUUUUCGUCCUUAUCCGAUCCGUGAAGACUAGAACGUCUAACUGUUUGGAAGAUGUCACAGCAAUUUCUUUUCAGUUACUUUAAAUACCCUGAGUGUUGUCCUCCCGCUCAGCAGGCCGGCGCUCUUAACUGAGCUAACCAGGCGGCUGUAAUAGUUAACCAAAAAGUGUCUUGUUCGUCUAACAAAACUCGGAUGAUUACAGUUAUCUUUGACUCAAAGCCAACAUCCGUUCUCUUUCACAUGGGAGAUUUCGGAUGUGCAGAUGGAGGAUGGACACCGGUCAUAAAGAUGGACGGCAACAAGGUACGGAGUAGCCUGUGUCAGGCUCUUAGAUAGUAGGGACAUUAGAGCCUCUGUAUGGGUGUUUCCCACGAAAUAUACGCGAAGAUCACCAUUGACAUUUCAAUCAAGUUUUACGUUUGUCAUGCAAUGAUGGCAAAUAAUCUUGCCAUCAUUGCGUUCAGAGUGUUUGUUUUUUACGUAUUUUCUCAUUUCUGUCGUUGCUGUACUGUUGGGCUGAGCUUGCUAGUAGUGCUACCACGCAAAAAAAUGUUCAGUAUGCGACAAUUUUGUGUUCGCCUCAAAAAACGACGAUUUGAUGAAAAACGUGCGACAAAAUCGAGGUCCGCAGGUACCCAUGCAGUGGCUCAAACCACAAAAUAAAACAGGCCAAGCGUUGUCAUUCUGCGCUGUACACAUUAGUAAUUUAUCGUUUAAUUAAUUUGACGGCCAAGUACUUGUUUCUCUCGCAGCAAACGUUUAACUACAGUUCCACUCUAUGGAGCAACAAAGAAACCUUUAACCUUAACGGAGGGAAAACUGAGUUUGACUCACAGGAGACAAAACUUCCCUCCUACUAGACAACAUACUUCUCCAAGAUCUGCCUCGGUAUGAAGAUCGGUCAGCAGCGGGUCAAGUUUAUUGUCAUCAACAAGCAGACGAACUCCUUGUACUCUCUGAUCGCUGAUGGGCAAUACCGCAACACCUCGCUGGGUCGUGACACGUGGAAGUCACUGAUUGGUUCUAAUGCCUCCUUGCAGUACAACUGUAGCAACGAAGGGUUCAAUGCUGUUGGUGGUAAUUCUCGCGAUUAUUCUAAAGCGAGAAUCGGUAUCAUUGGUAAUAAUGAAAAAGAUUGCAAUUCCUGUAACUCUAGAAUUGGGUUUGGUACUGGAGGAUGGCCUGAUAAAACCAACUCAUGUGGAAACGAGGCUACGUGGUCUCCAGAUAAUGGCGAUAAGCAUAUUAAGGCAAUGGGAUAUAUUUUGGUGCAGUAAAAAGAAACUGAUAUGGGUUCAUUUACUUUUGACGCCAAACGAAAGCUACUUAAUCUAAACUCUACAUCAUGUUCGUUUUUGUGGAUAAACAAUAGACUAUUUCUAGAUUCAAUUAAAGUUAACCAUUUACAUUAGAAAUUACAUACUCGGCUUCGCCUCCAAUUUUUGAAACCUUAUAAUACACUCCAGCUCGUUUUUUUAAUCAAUACGUAAAACCGUCAAGUUAACCGAAACGAUUCACUUCAACAUAUCAGUCAUUGUACAUUUUUAAUAUACAUUUAAAAACUAGCAACAGAAGUCGAUAAAUAAUUUUUCAAUAUAAAUUAUCUAGCGCUAUCAGGCGUCUUAGCUAACUUUGAUAACAGAGAGUUUUAAGGUGAUGUUACACGAGACGAUUCGCAACGACGACUUUUAGCGCAACACAUCGUUGCAAUGUUGGAACAAUGCUGUAACUAUUCGAAACAAUUUACGGGUGCGUUAUUUUGGGAGAAUCCAAAAAUGGAUUUGUGAUCUCAGAUCAUAUGGAUUCUUCACUACCAAAAAAAAACGGAAAAUCCAAAAAAAGGAUCAUUUAUCAUGACAACGGCAUGUCUGCUUGCUCCUCGUGGGAAGAAAACAACACACUGAUCUUUUCGGCGAAGACAAGAAGAAAAAUAAAAGCAACAUAAGCUACGUAUGAAUAUACGAAAUGUAUAUACAGCGGAUUCAGGUUGAGCGUUUAAUGACGUCAAAUAUCGCGUUCGUUAUCACGGUUGAUUGGUUGCGUUGCGAGGCAAAUUGUCAGACGUUGCUAGGCGGGGAUGAUAUCGUUCUGUCUGAGAAAAGGCAUCGAUCUGUGUGUCAUGGCGAUUGAAAUCAAGAUAGAAUAUUCCUACUAUUCUACAAAAGAAUAACUCCAGUAUAUAUUGUCGAAGAAGAGCUUAUAACCCUGGAAUACAGCAAGUUCGUAGAACGCAUUGUGAACGAGGUGCCCCAUCUCCGACGUGGUAAAUUUUCGAAACUGUCGCUAAUGAAACGUUCAGCUCAUUUGCAAUACCCACAAAUCGACCUGGAAAUAUCAUUGUUAGUGGAUCACCUCUUCCUUCAAUGAUUUUAUCGAUGAUGAUAUGUCUUAGGUCACAGGAUAAAAGGUUUUCCUAGGAUAUAAGAGCGACCGUCUUGCUUACGGUCAGCAUGUUUAAUUUACAUUCUGUAUAGCGCCUUUUCUUCGACAAAACGCUAUCAUCCCCCGCCUAGCAACGUCUGAUAAUUUGCCUCACAACGCAACCAAUCAACCACCAUAACGAACCUGAUAACUGACGUCAUUAAACGCUCAACAUGAAUCCGCUCUAUUUCGGUUUGAAACACAAACGUUUCUCGAAUAGAAUACACUCCUAAGGAUAGUAAAAAUAUAAGAAUUUAAAACUGAAGCCGAUGAACUGUUUUUUUCGUUUUCAUUUGGAAAAUAAACCGGCGUAAGCUAGCGUUUCAGUGCGGUUUAGGAGCAAAGAAGAAGGGACGAGGAACCCCGCGAAAAAUGACCUUCUGUCAUUUUUUCGCUGUAAUGUCAUUUCUCACGCGGCUGUUCCUCGGUCUUUCUUUUCUCCGAAACCAAAACGCUUGCAAUGCAGGCUAGCGUAAGCAGACACUACAUAGGUGCAAAAAUAACAUGACAAGUAAGGAUUUCAAAACAGUCUACCAAUGUAAAUAGAUAACAAACAUGGAAUGAUAUGUAACUGAAAUGGCUCAUAGCCUGCAGUGCAGGCGUAUUUUGGGUGGGCGAAACCUUGUUCGUGUUCGUAACGUUGUUGUAGCCGCCAUCUUUGAUUUUAUGACAGUGGAAGAUUGGGGAGAGUAGAAAUAGUAACCCUUACGGUAGGGAAGUUUCAACAUGGUGCUUUCGCGAGCAAAUUGCGCGCUCAAAGAAAACGCCUGCACUGCAGGCUAAUGGCCAGCAAUAUAGGUUCGGUUAGAAUGUCAUACAUGUACGGUACCUGUUGUGUACCAUUUUUGUUCAGAAAACCGCUUGUCAAAAAUACUUUUUUCAAAUCCUUUCCCCAAGAAACGUUCAGAUUGUGAAUUUCAAAAAUCCGGAUUUGAAUUUGAUCCGAAGAAUCCACCCGGAGUGUUGAUUUUAUGGAUUCAUGAUCCGUUUUUGGAUUUGUCCAAAAAAACGCAAAAUCCGUUUUUGGAUUCAGAAACUGACGGAUUUGGAUUUUUCCCAAAAAACGCACCCAAUGUCGCAACAAUGUUGCAACGGAGUGAUGCGCUAAAAAUCGUUGUUGCGAAUUGUCUCUUGUAACAUCGCCUUUAGCAACGACGACGCGACGGCAACGAGAACGUAAAAACAACAAUAGGGUUUAUUGAACAAAACAACAAGUUUGCACGUACAUCACGCUUUUGUGCACAUUUGUUACUGCACGACAAGGACGUGAAAAUGCCUGAUUUUACGUUUUAUGGAGGACGUAAAGGUGAUGUUACACGGGACGAUUUGCAACGACGAUUUUUAGCGCAACACGGCGUUUCAAUGUUGGAACAGUGUUGUCACUAUUCGAAACGAUGUCGCAACAAUGUUGCAACGCUGUGUUGCGCUAAAAAUCGUCGUUGCGAAUCCUUUCGUGUAACAUCACCUUAAACCAGCGGCGACGAAAUUUUCUUUCUCUUUAUAAACUUGACUGCGGUCCCCAAGAAAUCAACUCCAGGAAAAUUUGCGGCCUACAUUAGACAUUUUCAGUGAAUUGGAAUAAAGAGGGGGACAUUGGGGGGUACCCAAUACCGCAAUACCGUACGAAAAAAUGGCAAAUACCGAAAUACCGCGUCGCAAAUCGACUAAAUACCGAUACCGCAUAUUUUAAUUACAUUUACAAUCGGUUCCGCAUACUUAUGGUUGCUUCCAUCUAUCGCGUUUAAUUAUCUCAGGCAUUUAUGCACAAAGAUGUCCAUGUUUUUUUUUAAUAUUUUGGUAGUUCGCAAAUUUUUCGCAAAUCUUCACUGAAAAGUAAACUUCAUUCGUUCAACCUUUUGGUAGGAGUAUACAAAACGAAAAGCAUACAGUGAGGCGUGAUCUCUAAUACAGUCCUAAUAGUGAAUAACAAUUCUCUUACCUUAAAACGGUUUUCUAAAGGGCAUUUGCAUGAUGGCGUCAUUAUUACUACAACCGGUUUAGACUGUUCACAGUUCCCUAUUUUUCCGUGAGAAAAUGGACUAAACUAAACGACUAAACUUCAAAUGGACUAAACGGCUUCCUGACCUUCCUGGCAAACUGCGAGUACCUAGCUCACAGACAAUUCUGGUUAUAGGGUCUUAUAGGUCGACCCAACAGCUAAUUAACUCGUAUGGAAAUAACUCUUGAAAGCUUGAAAACAAAAACAAAAAACAAACCAACCAAAACCCUUUCCACGCACGUCUAGAGCGAGUUUUGAGUCACCUAUCUCGACUAUCUGACCUAUUUCACACGCCGCACCUGUAAGAACUAAAGAAGCAAACUUACCAAAUCCUCUCCUUUAACUUUACAAGCCGUUUUUCUGUACUUGAAACCCGGCAUCGAAAUUUAUUUUUCUUGCGAUAAUUUUCCCCUCCUUUGCCUUCUUCGUAAAAAAUUGCAACGCAGUCAAUGAUGAGUUCGCCGUCUUGACCGUCUUGAACCAAAGCGACCUCAGCCAUCGUGAGAAAACGUGUAAGACCUCGAAUUACCGGCACACGUGCCUGGUAAGGUAACUUGAGACAACUCAUUGUCAUUGGAUGCAACAACAAUCUCAUUGUAUCUUGACCUAUUAUUAUCGACCAUUAACUGUCACAAAAUGACCCACAAAUGGUGUAAUCAUUUACCAUUAUGUCUAAAGACUUCUAAAUAUUAACUUUUCUUGACCUUUAUGUCUUACUGUGUUUUGUUUUGCGUAUUGUAUCGAAAGGAAAGCGCAAACAACCGUACCGCAAUACCGUAAACAAUCAUAUUUCACCGAAUACCGUGAGCCAAAAUGAUGAAAUACCGCAUACCGCAAGGCUAGACGAUACCGCAAUACCGCACGUUAAAAUUAAAAUUACCGAAAUACCGCAUGAAAAAAAGCCCAAUACCGCAAUACCGUAAACCCCCAUGUCCCCCUCAAUAAACGCGACAAAGUUUGAAAAAAACGCCAAUUCAUUUUAAACUGUGACGUUUUCGCUGCCGUCGCCGUCGUCGGUGCUAACUUAUGACUCCCUACAAGAGAGAAUGAUCAUUCUCUCUUGGUCCCUAAUAAUGACAGUAAACGACAAUAUAAUAUUAAGUUUUUCCUCUUUGAUUUCACUAGUUAAAGUGUAUAUACCUGGAUUUGUGAUAACCGCCGGGUCAGCAAAAAAUUUUAUAAUUUCUUUCGAUUAUAUAUUAUAAUUUUUAUGCUAAUCCACAGGUAAUACAUUGGAAUUUGUUGUUUAAACGGUCCAUCAUUGUUCCUUGAUCAAUUUUUCAACUUAAUGAACAGUGAAUAAAUUUAAACAAUGUUUUUUCGGCUGAAAUUCUCCAGGGUUUGAAUUAUCCAGAAACCGUAUUUAUUGAGUAUUUGAUCAAUUUUAGUUACUGAAAAACUCUAAACAUUCUGAUCUGACUACUAUUUCAUAAAUUAUAUUAUUUCAUAUUUUGCAAGAGCGGCGCGAAUAUCUGUCUUUAGAAAGGGUUAAACCGGUUUUAGCUAUGUCCAUAAAAUUGCAUUAAGCGCUCUUUCCUUUUAACCUGUCUGAAGUCUUUUCGUCACAAAAGUAAAUUUUUUAAAAUGCUGCACUUCAGCCACGAUUUCUUUGGUAAAGCUAUUCUGUUUCUCAAGGAUUUUAAGAGACUCAUUUUCUAACCAAGAAGCCGGCAAGAAAACGGGAUAUAUAGUUAACCAAAGUAUAAUUCUUUGGUGUUAGAGAGUAUUAGUACGAAGACGAGAGUGAAAAAAAAAGCAAAAUAUUGAUUAUGUUUAUUUUUGUCACGCAUUACUGUUUCAUUGUAUUUUUUGCCUGCGAAUACAGCCUUCUCUCUUCGUUCCUCACCAUUUGUAGGCAAAUUGUAUCUCAGCAACUAGUGUGAAUAAAACCGUUGAAUUAAAAAUGAGCAUUGCUUAUUGUCAAUAAUUCUUUUGUUGACACAAGAACUAAAAGGGAGUUUCCCUGAUUCACAUAAACAACUAACCACCCCACCCCUCCCUUAUUAGGCAAGCUCGUUACGCCAGCUGGUACAGUGGAGUACCUAAAAAAAAAAGAAAAAACUCACCCAGCAGAUGGCUUAAACCAUGAUGGGUAGGACUGAUAUUGCAAAAAAGGACAUUUCUGAAUCCAACCUACUUGAAAGAAAGUCCUCAUAACCUAAAAAAGGAAUUUUUUUCAACUGAGACUACUGAUACAUUGUAAAACUACGAGAAUCUCUGUGGAAAUCCCCAGAGCAAAUAAUCGCCUACCUGAUGUGAGGCAAAGGUGCAGUUUUUUUUAACUAUUGCUAUGGUUGAUGAACACUGUGUGGUCAUCAGUGAAGUGCUUACUCAAUUUCUGUCACGCAUUACUGUUUCUUUGUAAUUUUGCCCGCGAAUACAGCAUUCUCUCUUCCCUCCUCACCGCAUUCGCAGGCAAAUUGUACCUCAGCAACUGUGAAUAAAACCGUUGAAUUAAGAGCAUUGUUCAUUGUCAAUGAUUCCUUUUCUUGACGCAGGAACAAAAAGGGAGUUUCUCGGAUUCACCUACACAAGUAACCACCCCACCACUCCCUUACUAGGCAAGCUUUUGUUACGCCAGCUGGUACCUAAAAAAACAAACAACUCGCCGGCAGAUGACUUAAACCAUGAUGGGUAGAACUGAUAUUGCAAAAAAGGACAUUUCCUGAUUCAAACUACUUGAAAGAAAGUGCUCAUAACCUAAAAAAAGAAUUUUUUUAAACUGAAACUACAUAUAACUAGGAGAAUCUUUGGAAAAAAAAUCGAUUUGAACACUGCGCUAUUUUCAGGUCUCAAAAAAACUCACCAUAAUUUUUCUUUGUAUCGUUUUUAGAACGUUUACUAACAAACUUAAGUUUGAAAUUUGAACUAACCCGAACCACCCAUCCCAUUGUUUUAGGUGGUGAAGCAAUUAACGUUGGGUUCUUGCCACGGACCCCCAGAUUCCACAGCAGGUGAUUCCUUUUACUAAUGGCUAAUACUGAGUUUGCUAACAGUCAGAUGGACAUAACUACAUUGUACACAAUAACCACGUAUAAGCAAAUCCCGAUAAUUCUGAAGGGUUUCAAUCGCAUCGCUAAUGCUUGGCAUAAGCGAUGCGCAUAAGCUAAUGAUCGAAAGAACCCACGUAGUCUCUAAAACCUUAUUGACCAGUAUAUUCUUCUUAUUUGGCAAGUCGUCAAAAAGCUACUGUUUUUAAAGACUAAUAAUUAAAGCAAAAUUUAAAUUUUAACUGUAUUGGUGGAAAAACCCAUUAAGCACUCCCGAGCAUUGAAAUAACAUUUUCAAGAACUUUUAAGUAAAGCUAAUGGGAACCUAUUAUUUUUUCGCUUUUCAAAAGGAAUAUACUAGACGAUUCGAUGAAAAUUCUUUUUGGAAAGAUAAGCAAUGGUUGUAAUUAUAUUUUUGGACGCACAGAAAACGAUUUUGUGAUGGCUGCUGUUGGCGCUUUUAUUAAGACCGGAGAAUAUGGUAUUUAUGGUUGAAUAAACAUAGAGUCUUUUCUGAAAAAAUAACCUUCCCUCUACGCCAAAUCAACCUAAAAAUUUUGUUAAGUUCUUAUUAGUUUCAUUCUUUUUAUGUUGUAUGUUCACAGAUAACUAAAGAAAAAUAGACCUGUAAGUUGACCCUCGAGACAAUUUAAUUAAUAUUCCCUUAUUACGGAAGAAGUAUAGUCUGAUAUACAGCCUUGUAAAAUUGCAGUUCAGAAAACUGUAAAGAUAUUUUCUAACGCCAAAGAGUCUUGGAGCUAAAGAAAAGAUUAUCUAUUUUGGUAAAGUCUCCUGUAAGGGGGCAAUACCCAGGCGACGAUUUUUUGUCUUGUUUUUAUAAGAAUGUGUUGUUUUUUCCAGAGCCUUAAUCCUAGCAACCAAUACGUUGGCGUUUGAAGUGCAUUGGUUGAGGUUUCAAGACCUGUCAUUAAUUGGCCCUGCCACAUUGAAGCGACGUAUUAGACAAAGAAAGUCAUCAAUAACAAACAUUUAAUAUUGCAUAAAAAACUGAUGGUUUCUAGAACGGCUAUCACUUUGCAAAACGCUGUUUUGGCAGUGUUUGUCAAGUUCAUCCACUGAUUUUACGAAGUUUGCCAACCGUGAACAGUUUCACCAAUCUGAGAUGUUCUCUUUAUCCUUCUUCCAGCUCCUUCCGUUGUUUUCUGCGAUACCCAGUGCAGUCUUUGCUCAACUGGAAGGUUGGUUUUUCUUCGCUUUAUUGAUAGUCGAGUGAAAUUUCAUGGAAAUAACCUUUUUACUUUGUAUAAGUUAGAGGGAAAUCUCUGAAGAGGACAGUUCAGGGAAGAUGGAGGCAAACAAGCUUUCCUCGUUAUAACGAUAUGCAUGUAAAACAACGCCCGCGGAUAGUAUUUUGUCACUAACUAACAUGGCUCUUUUUCUGUUUCGCUUGGUUAAUUACUUUAAAAAUCGCUGAAAAUUGCUGCCGGCAUGUUAGAGAAAUGUAUGACAGUUCCUAAAAUUUUGCUGGGAAGGGAGCUUAAACAACUAGGACAAAAACGAAUACUAGUUUUGCGUUGUUUUAAAUUCUAUCGCGUUUAUAAAGUUGAGUUUUUAUCGCGAUACUUUAUUUUGUUUCGGUCAAUUUGUUUAACGCUGAUGUACCCUGUAAAUUUUCCUUGAGUUUAAUUCUUAAGGAGCAAGAGCCAUAAUGGUCCCAGUUAUGGCACGACAUUAACAGUCAAAUAAAUAACAGUAGUGGACUGCCAGAAAAUCUCUAAUUAAUUUCAUGAAGAUGAUAAUUCCCAUUUUUCUUCUCCUGACCUCUUAGUAGGCUUUACUCUCAGCUAAGGUGUUUGAAUUCCACUUCACAUAACGCGUUCAAUUUUAAAAGUCAUUCUUAAAGUCAGGAACUCCCUAAAUUAAGAGAUAUCUUAGUGCACGACCCAUGCAUUCUAAAAAGGUAAAUUUCAAAACCAUUCUUUCUUAUUAAUGAUUCUUCAGAAUUCACCACCAUGUAUCAUCACAGCCUUCGUCAAGAUGUCUUUAUAAAGGAAGAGUACCAUUAUUUAAACGUUCCUAAAGUUGGAACAUUCACAGUGUAUGACAGCCUUGACUGCACCUUUGAAUGCCUCGGCAAUCCUUCCUGUUUGUCCUUCAACCUGGCAGCUUAUAAAGGAGCAGAUGGAAAGUUGCGGUGUGAGUUGUUAUCCUCAGAAAAGUACACCAGUCCUGAGGAAUAUAAAAGGAACGAGAGUUUUCAUCACUUUUCCAUCAAGGUGGGGUAAAAUCUUUGCAUAGAGUUGAUUAAAGUAAGAUAUUUUUUGAUAUCCCAGUCUAUGCGAUUUUUGAUAACGUGUCACGAACACUAAUCGAUGUAAAAGUGACUACUGCACGAUAACAAGUCGGGGUUAUUCAGUCGAAUGUCACUUUCUGCUUUCUUUCUUUCUACAAUCAACACUUCACGCAAAACAAAAUUACCUUUAGUUAAUUGUAGGGCAUUUGACAUCAACCUCUUUUAUAAUUAUUUUAGACUCCAUGUAUGUCAUCACCUUGCCAGAACGGAGGUACCUGUGUAGCGAACUACAAGUAUCACUCGUUUGACUGCCGUUGCAAAAAAGGCUUUUAUGGCGAAGUUUGCGAAAAAGGUAAUUGAUAUUCAGACCGGGGCCCCCGUUUAAGUUAGGACAACCAAACUUAGCGGCUUUACCUAAAAUUUAUAUGGGAACAUUUUAAAGACGUAGUGUCCUGUACGUCAACGUUGAUGUUACCAUAGCAACCGAGUUUUGACAGCCAUGUUUUUCAACAUUUGCAUUUUCUCUAAAAAAUAGGUUUAAUUUAUUCCUUUUUUCUACUGAUUGAAUUAUUACGUUAUCUACUUUUUUUUCAGUUGCCAAGUCCUCAUGCCAAGACGUUUAUAAUCAGCUCAAAGAAAAGUGGGUAAACCUAUGCAUAGUAAUUUAAUUAAUGAGGAUAGAUCAGUUAAAGUCCGGAGGAUCCUUCGGAGUGCGUCAGUACUGUGUUUAUGAGCCACAAAAACAGCCAAAAAAUCAGUCGUCGAACCUCAAUAACGGGGUAUUCAACAAAUUUUUACGGGGAAGCCCUGCCCCGAGGUCCAUGUCCUUACCUUUUCACAUACCAUUUUUGACAGAAAAGGUUUCGUAUCCCAUUCCAUCCGUUUUGGCGGUUGAGGGGUGGAGUGGCUUGUUACAGGCAUUUUAAAAUGAUCUCAGACCAUACAAGGGUCAAUGGCAAGAAAGAGUGCCUUAUUAAAAUCAAACUUGCACGCUAUUUUGCACUUUCUUUUGCUUUUUUGGUAAUAAAAUCGUAUUAACCCACACAAAAAAACAGGGUUCAUUGUAUGCAGUUAGUACAUGAUUGUGACGACGAAAUAGACAGUGGACAGUAAGGUAGCCAGUGGUUACCAGUGUCCAUAAAGCGAAGUUGACGGCAUGAGAUUUUCUGACUUGGGAACACAGAAAAGUGUCCGUUUUCCGUAUUAACCGUUGUCCUUAUUAAACGGGUUGGAGAAAAUACGUGACCGUCAAUAAACAUGCAAAACUACUGAAUAUCUGUGUAACAUGUUCUGAGUAGUUGUCAAGAAAAACCAAUCCAAGUCUUACAGGUAGCUCACGGGUAAAAUAGGGGUCCUUUGACCUCAGAUAAGAAAAACAUCAUGCGCACCAUUUUCGCGGUUUUUAGGUCGCCCCUUUCCCCUUCCUUCUGAACAUCUGCUACGCUGUUUAGCCAUCUUCGAUGUCCGAAUUUAAUUCCUAUAGAACACUUCAUUCAAAUACACUUUAUUAAAGUUAGUUGAAGAGCAGAACAGCUUGGUAUCAUAAAGCAAAAAUAAAUAUCAACCUGUGCCGGAGGUGAAAUUAUAUCAGUCCAAAGUACAUUAAUCGUGUAGUAACUCCCAGUAACAUGAUGGGGAACCUGAGAAAUUUAGAUUUAACUGAGACUGUUUUGAAUUCCAUUGAUUCAUUUAUUUUUAUAAGAAAAAGCGAACCUUUUUUUUUUUUACAACCAGUUAAGGUACAUUCCAUUUUUUCUCUCCGACAGUUAGGAGCUGGAAAAACUAAAAUGAGAUUUCAUUUUGUACAGGUUGAACGUGGCUCAGUUGGUCACUGUCCUCCUUGACUACAAACUAGUUUCAGUUCUUUGUCACUUUGGAAAUUUUGGAUGCGGAGAUGGAGGAUGGACACCGGUCAUGAAAAUGGACGGCAACAACGUAAGACAUUUGUGUACGUUUUGCCUUAGUGUGGCGACUAGAGUGAAAAAAAAUGUGCCUCUGUCAGCGGUAACUUUCAAUUAUCCUAGCCUGCGAAUACAGCCGUUUCUCCUUGCUCCUCGUCGCUAGGGACGCUUCAUCAGGAGGAACGUCUGCACCUCAGCGACAGAAAUUCCAUACUAAUGACGUAAAAUUGUAAAUUUUCUGGGGAAGCAUAACCCCAGUCCUCCAAGUUUUAAGUGCCUUCGGUGCUCCAACUUUUCUUCUCGUGCGUAUACAUGCUAAGUCCUUGGAUCUGAAAGAUUUAAGUAUUAAGAACACCUUUAAGCUUCUGGAAUAUCUCGGUCAGUAGCAGAGGUCAUCAUCCGCUUUUCCUGUCAGACGAGGUGAAGGUUUUCAUAUCAAAACACAGAGGCCUCUGGUCUCUGUACUUGCGAAUACGCGAGAAUUAAAGAUAAUUAAAUUCAAUUCGGCAUUUUUCAAUCGCAUCAAUGAUUAAAGAGCGCAGUAUUUGUUUACUUUUUAUUCUAUCGGUGACCAUUAACGCCAUUUCGCCUGCUGUGACUAACUUCAUUUUAUAAAGCUGGAGAAACAAGGACGUUGUAGAUAUUCUUUUCACUGUAAUUGAUCUUUCAUUACAAAUUCCUUUUUUUUUCCUUCUCCUGAAAGGAUGUUGUAUUAAGAAGAAAAAGAAACCUUAAUUUGAACUUUUCUUUUUAAAGGACAUUUUUCCUAUUUCUUCCUCCUUUCUACCAUAGCAAACAUUUCAUUACGAUGCAGCCUUUUGGAGAAACAAAAAGACCUUUAACCUUAACGGAGGGAAGACUGGUUUUGACUCAAAAGAGACUAAACUGCCCUCCUACUGGAACACUUCCUUCUCCAAGAUCUGCCUCGGUAUGAAGCUCGGCCAACAGAUCAGGUUUAUUGUCAUCAACCGGCAAGCGAAUUCCUUGUACUCUCUGAUCGCUGAUGGGCAAUACCGCGGCACAUCGUUGGGUCGUGACACUUGGAAGUCACUGAUUGGUUCUGAGGCCUCCUUGCAGCUCAACUGUAACAAGGAAGGAUUCAAUGCUGUUCGUGAAAUGUCUGCAUCUUCCAAAGCCAGAAUCGGCAUCAUUGGUAACGACCAAGACGAUUGCCACUCUUGCAACUCUAGAAUUGGAUUUGGUACUGGAGGAUAUCCUGAUAAUAGCAACUCAUGUGGUAACGAGGCUAAACAUUCUCCAGAUAAUGGCGAGAAGCAUAUUAAGGCAAUGGGAUAUAUUUUGGUACAGUGA